AUGAAUUUGUCUGCAACACAUCCUCUGAUGCUCUUUUUAAUAGGUGUCAUCUUUGUAAAACAAGCAUCUUUAACUUUCGUGAAAACUGUGAACAUUGGAACUACUGUUACUCUUUUGUGUUCAAACAUCUUGAAAGAGCCCAGUUACAUAGCCUGGUUCAAGCAGACAAAUGAUUCUCUGCCACUUUGCAUUGCUACUCAAUAUGUGAGUGUAAACCCAGUGGACUCAAUAUAUUUUAAUGGCUUUAAGAAGAAUCAUGUAGAGAUGUCAGUGAACAAAACAUUUUCUUCCUUGAAGAUUGUAAAUGUGGAUGUCUCUGACUCUGGAAUUUUUUACUGUGGAAGUUUUUUGACAAACCACAUGAUGUUUCACGACAAAACACAGUUAGUGGUAAAUGAGACUAGUCAGUCCAAAGGAGAUAUACCAAAUGUGGAUUGUGGGGCGACUGAAGAAACUUUGAGAUCCUGCCAUGUCUAUUAUACACUGACACUGAUCUUAAGCGGCUUGGUUUUGCUUCCCACUGUUUUAGCGAUUCUAAUCUUAAUCAGGUUGAAGGAAAGAAAUAAGCAAAAAGAAGAUGCCCAGCACCGUGAAAACAAUGAAGAGAUGAACAAACAGUUGGAGCACCAGGAGCAAGAUGCAGACUUGAACUAUGCAGCUCUAAAUUUAGACAAGAAGAAGAACAGAAGACCAGUAAGAAGAUUGAAGGAGAUGGAGCCUAAUGUAGUUUAUGCUGCCACACGGUGA